AUGGACCGAGAAAUGCUAGGGCCGGUGGUUACAACGGAGUGGGCGGAUCUGGUGGCGGUGCCGCCGUACUACCUGGCGGCCCAGACCAUCAUGAGCGACCGCCCGGAGAGAGAGAUGCUAGGGCCGGUGGUAAAAACGCAGUGGCCGGAGCUGGUGGGGCAGCCGUACUACCAGGCGCACCAGACCAUCAUGAGCGAGCGCCCGGACGUGACAAUAAUGGAGCUUGCCCCGCUCGAGGAUCUUCCCUAUGCGUGGCCAUCCGACUACACGCGCGUCUGCGUCAAGGUCGAUACUAGAACCAUGACCGUGUAUGGUGACGACUCCUACCCGUAUCCACAAGCUGGCUAA